UGUUUGGGCAGACUGGGAGUCGGCGUGGGGACGGGACAUGGGGUCCCCACCAGAAAGGUAUGGUGGGACGAGGAGACGUCUUUGUGGUGGACGAAGACACAGACCUGGCUGAUCCAAAUCUCCACGGAGGACACCUUAAUCCUCAGUGGAAACCCAGCAGGCAGGGCCCUAAGGACAGCCAUGAGGGCAAGCCUGAGCCCUCCUCCAAACUCCUGGACGAGAACAUCACCACGGACAAGAAGACGGCAGACUCUGGAGGGAAGGGCAUUGGCCUGUUUCCCGGGAAACCCUCGGAUGACAUCAUUAUUGAUUUGGAUCCUGUGUCUUCAUCGAAGAAGCCUUCCAUUGUUAAGACUCCAAUAAAGACCCCCCUGGACCCGGAGCACCCAGACUUUAACCUGUUGAGGCAGGAGGUGGAGGGGCCCCAGACCCCCUCACAGACCGCCCUCGCCCCCACCUCAGUGCCCCCUGCCACCCCUAUGGAAGCUGUCACUGAGGAGAGGAGACCCACCACACACAUCCCCACCCAACCUGACACAAACCCUGACUGUGCUAUCACUGUGGAAGGAGGACCAGAGCGCUCAGGCACUGUGACCAUCGUAUCCAGAGAAGGGGACCUGGUUCUGGGCUCUGAUGGUCAGAUGUAUAGGGUCGAGAGAGGGCCCCCAGGCAGAAUGGGGCCCGCAGGAAAGGAGGGUUUUGCUGGCUUGCGUGGGUUCAAAGGUGACAAGGGCCAGCUGGGGUCUGAGGGGCGUGCAGGGCGACAGGGGGAUCCAGGCCCCCCCGGCCCACCUGGCCUGCCUUCUUUCUACCUGUGGAAGAACACUGUUGAGGAGUGGGCUACUUUUCAGCAAACCUCUUUCUACCAGUUGCUCAGCGCUGGCUGGCCUAGGGAGCAGGGACCCCCAGGACCAGCUGGGGAGAUGGGGAAGCCAGGCCCACAGGGGCCAACAGGUGAUCCUGGCCAACGAGGGCCUCCAGGAGUAAUGGGAGAAAUGGGUGAGCCGGGGCCAAAUGGCAUGGCGGGCAGAGCAGGGCUCCAUGGGAAAGAUGGAGCGAAUGGGCAGGACGGUCAGCCUGGGACGUUGGGUGAUCCCGGGCAACAGGGACCCUUCGGGUACAGGGGAGACGGCGGUUCCAAGGGAGAAAAGGGGGAGGAGGGCCUUAUUGGAGCAAAGGGUCGAAGAGGCCGAAUGGGAGAACCAGGCGAGAAGGGCUCCAUUGGUUUACCAGGCCGUCGCAGUUUUGUUGGUCCACGUGGACCUCAGGGAGUCAGAGGGGCCACUGGCCCAGAGGGGCUCCCCGGCCCUGAUGGGGAGGCUGGGUUUGAUGGGCCUCCAGGGACUCCUGGGUCAAUGGGAGCCGCUGGUUUCACAGGCUCUGUCGGCGCUCAGGGAGUUAACGGCUCAAAAGGAGAGUUGGGCCUUGUUGGAGUUGUUGGCCCCAGAGGCCCGCAGGGGCCCCAGGGUUUAGAUGGUGAGAGUGGGCCUCCAGGUCACAGGGGAAUUCAGGGACAGCUUGGGAUGAGUGGUGCCGCUGGUCCGAAAGGUGACCCUGGACCAAUGGGGAUGAUGGGUAUCCGGGGUGAGCUAGGGUUCGAGGGGCCCAUGGGCCCACUGGGAAUACAAGGUCCAAUGGGUUUCCCUGGUAUUACUGGAAAAAGAGGACCAGACGGGGAUAAGGGAGACCCUGGACCAAAGGGGGAGAGAGGUGUUCAGGGUGCUUCGGGUAUCCAAGGGCCUCAGGGAGAGAGGGGUCCCAGUGGCCCCCCUGGCUUUACAGGGCUCAAAGGUCAAUCUGGCACUAAAGGCAUUGAGGGUGAGAAUGGAGAAAAUGGCCCUCAGGGAAAACUGGGCAGAGAGGGGCUGAAGGGGAAUAGAGGGACAGAUGGGCGCAACGGCAAGCCUGGACACAGAGGGAACAAGGGUCGCGUGGGUCAGAGAGGGAAUGUUGGCCAGCCUGGUCAACCGGGCUUGCCAGGCCCUCCCGGGACAGAGGGAUCAGAAGGAAAGCCUGGUACACAGGGUCUCUCUGGUUCGGUGGCAAUAGCUGGCAGUAAAGGCCUAAAGGGAUUCCAGGGCAUUGCUGGAGAGCCAGGUCCAGAAGGCCCCUCAGGACCUCCGGGCACACCUGGACGGAUAGGACCAACAGGUAUCCCUGGGCCGCUGGGAGAGAGGGGCUUCACUGGGAAGGAAGGUGUGGAGGGCCCUCAGGGCUCAGUAGGCACGUAUGGUUUCCCGGGUAACGUGGGAAUGCGUGGUACAACUGGUCACAUGGGAGAGAGGGGAGAGACAGGUGUGAGAGGCCUGCCUGGUCCUUCUGGGAAGCCUGGACCUCCAGGUUUAUCAGGACCUCCUGGGGAGAGAGGCCCUCCAGGACCUCAGGGUCGGCUGGGGGAUCUGGGACCCACAGGGUCAGAGGGCCUACAGGGACCCCCGGGUCUGCAGGGUUCAGAUGGAGGGACAGGGAAGCCGGGGCCCAGGGGAAGCAGAGGGCCUCCGGGAACACAAUGUCCUGGCGGACCAGCUGGAACCCCAGGAAUUUCAGGUGCUGGUGGACUCAUAGGACCAGCAGGGGAAAGAGGAGAAAUGGGUGUGCUGGGACCUCCUGGUGAUCUUGGUCCUUCGGGACUGGAUGGGGAACAGGGUACUCCUGGCCAAUCAGGGUUAGAGGGGCCACCAGGAACGAAAGGGGAACAGGGGGACCUAGGGCCUUGUGGGAAGUUUGGUCCUCCAGGGCAGCCUGGAGAUCGAGGUCUACAGGGGCUCAAAGGGUUGCAAGGCUCUCAUGGACAAAUGGGAAAAGAGGGUGAUGUCGGACCUACUGGCGAUGCUGGUGGGCCAGGUUUCAAAGGGGAGAAGGGUGAUGUGGGACCUCUGGGGCCAACAGGGCGGAAUGGUCCAUGGGGGGCGCUGGGGGAGAAUGGGGAGAAGGGACCAAAGGGAGAAAAGGCUCACAUCGGACUUAUGGGUCAGCCAGGAUUUAUGGGAGAAAUAGGACCCGCAGGCUUGUCAGGGCUACAGGGUAUCAUGGGCCCCAGGGGGCCUCCAGGGCCAGAUGGACCUGAAGGAGAGAAGGGCCAGUCUGGGUCUGGCGGAACCAUCGGACAACCUGGCAGAAUAGGGCCUCCGGGGGUGGCUGGAGUCUCAGGGGUCAGAGGUGACCCGGGGAAGCCAGGAGCACAGGGUCCAGUUGGGAAGGUUGGGCCUGAGGGAGACCUGGGCCAUAAAGGUGAGCCAGGGCCAGACGGAGAAAAAGGUGAGCCAGGGGGAUCAAGCGAGCCAGGAGAACAGGGGCUCGACGGUCUGCCGGGCAUCAGAGGGCCACCAGCACUUCCUGGUUUAGAGGGGCCACAGGGUGAGGUGGGAGCCCAGGGGCCAGAAGGUCCCCUUGGGGUGCUGGGUGUCAGGGGAAGCCAAGGACCUGAGGGACAACAAGGACUGAAAGGAGAGAAGGGAGAUGACGGCAGAGAUGGAUCACCUGGAAAGACAGGUCACAUCGGAAGGAGGGGCAAAAGAGGCAAGGCUGGAAUCAGGGGCACAAGAGGAGAGAGGGGACCAAAGGGGAAAAGGGGAAAUGUGGGAUUGAUUGGUCCUCCAGGAUGGGCAGGGUCUAUAGGAAUCCCAGGCUCGCGAGGAGACGGAGGGCAUCAGGGUGACAAAGGGAGCAAGGGAGAGAAAGGGGACAUAGGGCCGCUCGGUCCGCCAGGGGGUGAUGGCCUAAAGGGUAGUCAGGGUCCUGUUGGGGUGCCAGGACAGACAGGCCCAAAGGGAGAUCAGGGGAAUAUCGGACCUUCUGGGCCAAGAGGAACACCUGGGAUGCCAGGACUACCUGGUUUGUUUGGAGAAAAGGGUUUGAAAGGAUUUGAGGGAUAUCCUGGGCAACCUGGUAAGAGGGGCCUGCCGGGGGCACCUGGACUCCCAGGACUUCCAGGUCCUUCAGUGAAUCUGACCCUCAAUCAACUCAAGGACCUGAUGUAUCUGUCAGACAAGCCCAACUACCCCCUGCUUCAGACCCUGCUGGACUCUCUACACCAGGACCUGAGGCUGCUGAUGGACCCCCCUGACGGCAACAAGGAGCACCCUGCCACCACCUGCCUGGAGCUGCGGCUCUGCCACCCCGAUUACACCAGUGGGAUGUAUUACAUUGAUCCUAACCAGGGCAGCCCUGCUGAUGCUCUCCUGGCCUACUGCAACUUCUCUGGUACAGCCGCACACACCUGCCUUCACCCCAGAGACGCCCAGAUGCCCACGAAGGCCUGGCUUAUGGAUUCAGAGACCGACAGCUCGUUCCAAUGGCUCAGCAAACAGGAACAAGGAUUUCAGUUCUAUUAUCCAGGGGCCAAUGUGGUCCAGAUGCGUUUCCUGAGGUUGCAGAGUUGGAGAGCCUUGCAGAAGAUCACCUACACCUGCCACCCGGGACACAGACUGGGCCACACAGACAGAGAGGUCAAGUUCCUGACAGACACAGGGAGACAGAGUUACUUAGGAACUCUUAACGACUGCAUUCCGGGAGAUGAGGUGGACUCGCUGGAGCCACGGGAGUUUGUGUUUGAAUUUGAGGACCUCAACCUGCUUCCUGUUAGAGAUGUGGCUGUGUUCGGGGGCGGAAAUGUCACGCGCGAGUUUGGCUUCACCAUCGGGCCCGUGUGUUUCAGCUAGAGAGGGAGACAUGGGGCCCAUAGGCUCAUUUCCCACCCCCUUGGACUCACCGAGGGAGGAUAAGAGACUGUGUUCAGGACCCCAAGACAGCUGGAGAACAAGAAGACAAAGGGAAUCAAUCGCUCUGGCAUUCUGUGAGGGCAUCACUCCUCUUUCCAUUUGAUAUUUUUGGUGGAGAUCAAUCAAUUCUCUAAUUGACUGGCUCCACAUAAAUUACUCUUUGAGCGUGCAUCAUUUUUCCAAAGUUCUUUCGGACAAUUGUGUUUUUAUUUACAGAGACGUUUAUCAUGUAAUGAAUAAUUUAUAUCAUGUUGUUUUGAUUUCUAUAUAAAAUUGUUUUGUUUUUUAAAUCUUUUUCCAUUUGUUUUCACAGCAACAGUUUAUUAUGCUGUAAAGCUUUCCAUAAUAGCUAACGACCUAUUUUGUAUAUGAACAGUCCUAUGCCCUAACGGUCUGUUUUGUGUCCGAUGCAGUGGAUUCAACCUCUCACCAAUCCAUUUGGACACAACUAACGUUGUCCUAUAGAUCAUCACUGACCUUCCCAAAGGUGCUCACUGACAAAACCACUGCUUGUAUUUCAAGGCGCCAAGGAACUCGCUUUUGCGUUGUUUAACUUGUUUCUUUAGAUUAGAUAAUGAACAACCUGUUCUAAAACCCUGAUCUCUUGCAAUGAACUGAUUCCCUCCCUGUUGGCAGUGACGGAGGCACAAAAAAAAACUAUUUCAACCAUCCUUGACAUUUGUACAGUUUCUGGCCUAUUUUUUUUAUUUGUAAAAAGCCGCAUAUUAUCAGUGCUCGUUUCAGCUCAUUCUUGUGGUACAGUCUCAGGUGCAGUCUUGAUAUUCAACAUGGCACUGAAGCUGCCGUGCACACUACGUGAUAUAUACUACGUGUAUUCAAAACGUAACUCAAUUGAAGGGCUAUAGAUCUAUUUCAGGUGUUCUAAUAAAGAGGCAUUAUGUUGGACUGCUGGCUCUCCCGCCCAAGCACUUUAGCACUGGGCAAUUGCUUUCCAAGUCAUCAUUUCAUUCAAUCAAUUAGCCUAAGUGAAGAAGCAGCAUACCCUGUCCCUGCAGCUACUCAGCAAUGCCAGGAUUGCUCAAGAGGUGGGUGUUCAUUAUUGGCCUGUGAUCACAAAGUGUUUCAGAGUAGGAGUGCUGAUCUCAGAUCAGUUUAGCCUUUUAAUCAUAAUUAUAUGGACCGGGGGACCUGAUCGUGGAUCAGCACUCCUACUCAGACUCUUUGUGAAUAUGGGCCAUUGAGAGCAGUGCAUUUAAUUUCUUUCCAUCAUAUUUUUGAUCAUAAAGAAAUUCAGUAUUGUAGUUGUCUGUCUAUACUUAUGUAGGAUCUUAAUUUGAACACCCUUUGGUCCUGAGAAUUUGCAAACUUAUCGUCUACUAAUGUCCAUUAAUUACAAUCCACAUAACAAUUCACAUUUCAUGUUGCUGCAGGAUUAUUUUCCUCCUGUAGCGAACUGGUUCAAAUUAAGAUCCUACAUAUGUACACUAUAUAUUCAAAGUAUGUGGACACCCCUUCAAAUGAGUGGAUUUGGCUAU